AUGUCCUUGCCCCCCAUGCCCCAGAUUUUGCAGCCCAGCCCAGCUCUGUUCAAAUUUAGCAGGCCGAUGCCAAUCCCCGGCUUGCUCGUCGGAGGAGCAGUGUACGGGCGGGCGGGCGACACACAUGCCGGCGCGAGCCACGUACGUCUGCAAACGGCCAGCAGCAGCAGUGCGCGAUCGAGAUAUGCCGGGGCGGGGAGGCCCUCGAGGCGUCUAUCCGCGCUCCGAGUCGAACCAACUGGCUUCCGUCUCAACCAACAAGAACGAAGCAACGGCGGCUAUCUCACAAUAGGGUCCUCCCGCAUGGUGGCGCAAACCAAGGGUUUCUUCCCCUGCCCUCCGCCGUGGAGAGUUGGCCGGGUGUGCGGUUCGCCUUGUUGA